CCGGAAGCUGCAGAAGCGAAACGGAGGCUCGCACGAAGGAAAGGCUGAAACAUCAUGAGAGGGACCGCCAGGAGCCAGGUGGUGACGUCAGGGAGGCUGACAGGAGUCAGAGGAACGCUGUGCAGGAGACGAGGGACUCGGGAUCCAGGACCAGCCGGCCCUGAACCGGCCUACUCGCUGUACUCCACAUCCACAGACCCUGAAGAACAGGUCUCUUCUCGCCAUGAGGGUCUGGACCGGUGUGCUGCCUUGCUCACUGGCAUCCUGCAGGCUGACAAGGCAGACCGCCACAGACCAGUGAAGGGAGGACCAGCUAGACCACGUAGACCCCUCAGGAAGGAAGAACCCAGAAACACACAGAUGGACCAGAGUCCAGUCCAACCUGGACCAGGCACCACCACCUUCAUCCAUCCACCGGAGAAACCAACCUCCAUCCAUCCACCUGAGAAACCAACCUCCAUCCAUCCACCUGAGAAACCAACCUCCAUCCAUCCACCUGAGAAACCAACCUCCAUCCAUCCACCUGAGAAACUAACCUCCAUCCAUCCACCUGAGAAACCAACCUCCAUCCAUCCACCUGAGAGACAUACCUCCAUCCAUCCACCUGAGAAACAUACCUCCAUCCAUCCACCUAAGAAACAUACCUCCAUCCAUCCACCUAAGAAACAUACCUCCAUCCAUCCACCUAAGAAACAUACCUCCAUCCAUCCACCUAAGAAACAUACCUCCAUCCAUCCACCUGAGAAACAUACCUCCAUCCAUCCACCUAAGAAACAUACCUCCAUCCAUCCACCUGAGAAACAUACCUCCAUCCAUCCACCUGAGAAACCGACCUCCAUCCAUCCACCUGAGAAACCGACCUCCAUCCAUCCACCUGAGAAACCGACCUCCAUCCAUCCACCUGAGAAACAUACCUCCAUCCAUCCACCUGAGAAACCGACCUCCAUCCAUCCACCUGAGAAACCGACCUCCAUCCAUCCACCUGAGAACCCGACCUCCAUCCAUCCACCUGAGAAAACAACCUCCAUCCAUCCACCUGAGAGACAUACCUCCAUCCCACCUGGGAAACCGACCUCCAUCCAUCCACCUGAGAAACCAACCUCCAUCCAUCCACCUGAGAAACAUACCUCCAUCCAUCCACCUCAGAAACAUACCUCCAUCCAUCCACCUGAGAAACAUACCUCCAUCCAUCCACCUGGGAAACAUACCUCCAUCCAUCAACCUGAGAAACAUACCUCCAUCCAGCCACCUGAGAAACCAACCUCCAUCCAUCCACCUGAGAAACCAACCUCCAUCCAUCCACCUGAGAAACCAACCUCCAUCCAUCCACCUAAGAAACAUACCUCCAUCCAACCACCUGAGAAACAUACCUCCAUCCAUCCACCUGAGAAACAUACCUCCAUCCAUCCACCUGGGAAACAUACCUCCAUCCAUCCACCUGAGAAACCAACCUCCAUCCAUCCACCUGAGAAACCAACCUCCAUCCAUCCACCUGAGAAACCAACCUCCAUCCAUCCACCUGAGAAACCGACCUCCAUCCAUCCACCUGAGAAACAUACCUCCAUCUCACCUAUCCGUCCCCAGACCUCCAUUACACCUGGCCGUCCCCAGACCUCGAUCCCUCCACCCCAGACCUCCAUCUCACCUAUCCGUCCCCAGACCUCCAUCCAUCCACCUGAGAAACCCACCUCCAUCUCACCUGUCCGUCCCCAGUCCUCCUUCUCACACACCUGCUGUAGGUGUGAUGAAGGGGAGGGGUUUGCCCCUAGGAAAGACGUCCAGAGCUCAGGAGGGCGGAGGUGUUCCUUGAAGAACAUGCAGCCUGGAGAGGUGGAGGAAGUCCCUCAGAACCUUCACAGCAGGAAGGAGACGGACAGGACGGUGAAGACAGUUCAGCCUCUGCUUGGAGAACUCAAGGCUCUGAUUGCUGGACAAGGCAGUGUAGCAGAGCGGCUGCUCAGUCAUCUGGAGCAGACGGUGUCUUCAACACUGAGAGGGCCUGGUUCAAACAUCUGGACUGAACCACAACCACCUCACAGCCACAACCAGCUCUGCAGGCGUGUGAGGAUUCUUAACCAGCAGAAGGGGAGAGCAGACACACAUCAGAACCUGGAGAUGCUCUGUUACUCAGAAGUGUUGACUCUGCAGAAGCAGCUCAGCACCGCUCAGUCCCGGCUGCAGGACCUCCAGGAGGACCACGCAGGACUACAGAGAGUCCUGCAGGACAGGGAGGCAGAGAAUGCUCUCAUCCAAUCAGACUUGGAGGCCACGAGAAGAAGGUUACUGGUCAGUGAGCGAGAGAAAAGUGAGUUGGCUUCACUCGCCCAGCAACGACUGGAAGACCUAGGAGCCCUGAACAGGGUCCUUCAGGGUCCUGAUUCACCCAGUCAGCCUGCAGUUGUAAACCAGCACAGACCAGAUCCAGCAGAGCCCCCCAGUGACCGCAUCACCCAGUUCCUGAUGUCUCUGGGUCAGCUGCAGUGUGUGGAGCCACAAGACCCCCACGUCAGACCUGGAGACCAGAACGCUGUAGACCAGUACGCUGUAGACCAGUACGCUGUAGACCAGUACGCUGUAGACCAGAACGCUGGAGACCAGACCCCUCACCUGGACCCGUCACAUGGUUUACGGUCAUGUGUGAAGGAGCGCUGGGACCUGGACUCGGUGUGGUCCGAUUGGAGCGCCAGGUCGGGGUCCACAUGCGACACCAGAGCUGAGGCGGUCUUCAGAGACGGUCUGGCAGCGCUGGACGCCAGCAUCGCCGGUCUGCAGAGGACCAUCCAACUGGACCUGGGGGGGUCUGGAUGGAGACCAUGACCUCCAGGACCAGUCUGGUUCAUGUUGAGCCGGUCCUCGGGGGGCGGAGCCUCCUCAUCGAGACAUAUCAUUAUAAAUGUCACUUUCGUUUUGUCUGAAAUAAACUGGACCUCCUGGUCCACUCAUUGUGGA